UGUAUGAGGCAUAUUCUGCAAAGAAGCACGCAGCCUCUUCCUGUUAUAUCGCAGGGCUGUGCCUGUAAAGAGAGAGCAGGGGAACUGGGGCAAAAAGUGGGGAAGGCGCUGGCACCCCUAAGGAAGCUUUUGAUGGAGACAUCUGGAGACUGUAGCACCCCAUAUGCCAGAGUGACUCCUAAGUAUCAUACAUAUCUGCAGGACCCAAAGCCACAAGCGGGCAAAAGACGGUUGUCUCAGGCACGCCACAGAGCUACCUUGGCAGGACUCUUCAACAACCUACGAGAAACAGUAUAUUCUCAGCAAGAUAAUUCUGCAUCAAAGUGUCAGGUUUUAUGCAAGGCUCAGAAUUAUAUUCAGGAACUGGAGCAAACUUUGGAAAACUUGCUGAAGAUGAAAGAAGUUUUAAAUCUGGAGGAUGGCAAUCCAUCAAGCUUGGAGGAAGUAAAGGAAGAAUAUGUCAAGAUGUACUUCAACAAUCAAAAUGCUGUAUCUCCUUCAAAUGCCAUGAGUCAAAAUGGUGCCACAGUCUGGUAUGUGAUCCAGGAACAGGAGAAGAGCUCUGUAGAGGAGGAUGUGACUUUGAGGCUUACACAAUCACCAGCUACCUCUUCUCCUGACCUUAUGGAGUUUGAACGAUACUUGUAUUUUUACAAACAGACAGUAGACCUGCUAGUAGAUAAUGGGGUUGUGAGCUCUGAAGAUGUUACGCUCCCUGUGAUCUCCACAGCUGUUUCCCACCUGUGGCAGGGACUCCCUGAAGAAAAGAGAGACAGUGUCCUACAGUACUGUAGUCAGAGACAGAAUUUCAUCACUGAGGUCAAGACUGCUUCCCAAGAGCCUCCUUGUACUGAGGGCAGUGUGAGGGACAGCGGAGCUAGUCAGGAAGCCAGCGGUUCACUAGUAUCCACACCAGAGGAGAUACUCUUUGAAGAUGCAUUUGAGGUGGCAACUAGCUUCCUGGAUAGAAAUGAAACUCGAGAAAUGUCCAGUCAAAGCUCAGCAUUCACAGGUUGUGCUUCACAAAGUCAAGAAGAUAAUCAUCACCUCUACCUGCAGAUCAUCAGCUUCUUGAAAAGCCUGUUUUUUGCUAACACACAACCACCCCAGGAAGAGGUUCUCCAGUUAGAUUACGAGACUGUGAUGCUGAGAUGCACAGAGACAUUUGAUGAUGAAGAUUUAUAAGUUAAGCUGUUUCUACUCAGUGUUGCUUAAUGACACUCCUCAGCCUGCACCAUUAGAAGAGAUGUUGCACCCAUUUCUAGGUGUUCAUCAUGUUUAAAAGAGUUCUGUUAGUUUGCUAUGUACUUCUCCAUCAGUUAAAUUAUUGGUAAUUUUUACAUGUAUUACAGUUCGAUAUUUAUAAAGUUUUC